AUGUCGCACCCCUUUCGCAUCCCCUUCCCCAAGCUCCCCUCCUCUGCCACAUGCCGCUCCGCCGGCAUCUACACCUCCGGAGCUCUCUUCUCGCUCGGCUUCUGGUUCUUUGUGGACGCGGCCGUCUGUAGCAAGGUUCACAACCCUAGCGAUGUACACAUACACUUCCCGGAGUGGAUCCCGCUGAUUUGUAGCGUGCUGGGAAUGCUUAUAAUCAACUCGAUUGAGAAGUCGCGCCUCACGGGAGACAGAUUCUCAUACAGCGUCGGCGACGGCGACGUGGUGUGGAAAGCGAAGCUGGUGCUGUUCAUGGGCCUUGCGCUGGUGUCUGGCGGGCUGGCGGGGUCGGUGUGCUUCUUGAUACUGGGCUAUAUCGUCCCUGAUUACCCGUGGCCGACGCUGUACUUUGGCGUCGCGAAUGUGCUCGCGAACUCGCUCAUUGCGCUGAGUUGCGUCUCGCUGUGGCUGUCGCAGAAUAUCGAGGAGGAAUACACCUAUAGCUUGUCCUUGUAG